CCACCCGGCCCACCCCGUCUUGCAACUAGCUCCGGUCCAAAACCGCACUUGUGCACGACGGCUACUCACUCUCGCAGUGGCGUGUUAGCAUAGCACCGCUCGCUCGUUGCUCGCGCGCGCCGGGAAUCCUAGCAAUGGCCUCCUCCUCCCCGCUCUGCUGCUACCUGCUGCUCUUCGUCGUCGUCGUGGUGCUCACGGGCAGCUGCCGUGCCAGGGACACAGUCGUGCCCGGCCGCCCGCUCGCCGCGAACGAGACGCUGGUCUCGGGCGGCGACGCCAACUUCGUGCUCGGCUUCUUCACCCCGCCGGGCGCCAACAGCACCUACGUCGGCGUCUGGUACAACAAGGUCUCGGUCCGCACCGUCGUCUGGGUCGCCAACCGCGAGGACCCGCUCCCCGGCGACGUCGCGGACAACCCCGACGCCACGCUCUCCGUGUCGCCCACGGGCACGCUCGCCAUUGUAGCGGGGAACUCGACCGUUGUGUGGUCGGUCACGCCGGCGGCCAAGCUGGCGAGCCCCACGGCCCGGAUCAUGGACAGCGGAAACCUGGUGAUCGCGGACGGCGCUGGCGGUGGCGUGGCGUGGCAGGGGUUCGACUACCCGACCGACACGCUGCUCCCGGAGAUGAGGCUGGGCGUCGACUACGUGAAGGGGAGGAACAGGACGCUGACGGCGUGGAAGAGCCCCUCCGACCCCUCGCCGGGCCCCGUCGUGAUGGCCAUGGACACGUCCGGCGACCCCCAGGUGUUCAUCUGGAACGGCGCCGAGAAGGUCUGGCGCUCCGGCCCCUGGGACGGCGUCCAGUUCACCGGCGUCCCGGACACCGUCACCUACUCCGGCUUCACCUUCAGCUUCAUCAACAACGCCAAGGAAGUCACGUACAGCUUCCAGGUGCACAACGUGUCGAUCAUAUCGAGGCUGGGGCUGAACAGCACGGGGAGCUACGGGCUGCUGCAGCGGUCGACGUGGGUGGAGGCGGCGGGGACGUGGAACCUGUACUGGUACGCGCCCAAGGACCAGUGCGACGAGGUGUCCCCGUGCGGGGCCAACGGCGUGUGCGACACAAACAACCUGCCCGUCUGCUCCUGCCUCCGCGGCUUCACGCCCAAGUCGCCCGAGGCGUGGGCGCUGCGUGACGGCCGCGCGGGGUGCGUGCGGUCGACGCCGCUCGACUGCCAGAACGGCACCGACGGGUUCGUCGCCGUGGAGCACGCCAAGGUGCCCGACACGGAGCGGAGCGUCGUGGACCUGGGCCUCAGCCUGGAGCAGUGCCGGAAGGCGUGCCUCAUGAACUGCUCCUGCACGGCGUACGCGAGCGCCAACGUGAGCGGUGGCGGCCGCGGCCACGGCGCCGGCACCGGCUGCGUCAUGUGGACGACCGGGCUCACCGACCUGCGCGUGUACCCGGAGUUCGGCCAGGACCUCUUCGUCCGCCUCGCCGCCGCAGAUCUCGGUUUAACAAGCAAAUCUAACAAGGCACGUGUAAUAAUCGCCAUCGUUGUCAGCAUCUCAUCGGUGACGUUUCUGUCAGUUCUCGCUGGUUUUCUCGUCUGGACAAGAAAGAAGAAGAGAGCAAGAAAAACCGGAUCAAGCAAAUGGAGCGGUGGUUCCCGCAGUACUGGUCGCCGCUAUGAAGGAAGCAGUCAUCACGAUGAUGAUCUGGAACUUCCAAUCUUUGAUCUGGGGACAAUUGCAGCUGCUACUGAUGGUUUCUCAAUCAACAACAAGCUCGGUGAGGGUGGCUUCGGACCAGUAUACAAGCCGCUAUGUCUGGUUGAUCAACAGGGUAAGCUCGAGGAUGGACAAGAAAUAGCAGUUAAAACGUUGUCCAAAACAUCCGUACAGGGUCUCGACGAAUUCAAGAAUGAGGUAAUGUUGAUAGCUAAACUUCAGCAUAGGAAUCUUGUUCGGCUUCUCGGCUUCAGCAUUAGUGGACAAGAAAGGAUACUUGUGUACGAAUACAUGGCAAACAAGAGCCUAGACUACUUUCUGUUCGAAAAAUCCAACAGUGUCCUGCUUGACUGGCAAGCGCGAUACCGUAUAAUAGAAGGCAUUACUAGAGGUUUACUAUAUCUUCACCAGGAUUCAAGAUACAGAAUCAUCCACAGAGACCUGAAGGCAAGUAAUGUUCUUCUUGACAAGGAGAUGACUCCCAAAAUUUCUGACUUUGGCAUGGCAAGAAUGUUUGGAAGUGAAGAGACAGAAAUCAAUACCAGAAAAGUGGUCGGCACAUAUGGCUAUAUGUCUCCAGAAUAUGCAAUGGACGGAGUCUUUUCUGUCAAAUCAGAUGUAUUUAGUUUUGGAGUUUUACUACUGGAAAUAAUUAGUGGCAGGAGGAACAGAGGGGUUUAUUCAUAUUCAAACCACCUAAAUCUUCUGGGACAUGCAUGGAGCUUAUGGAAUGAAGGAAAAAGCUUGGAGUUAGCAGAUGAAACAAUGAAUGGCUCGUUCGACUCAGAUGAAGUACUCAAAUGCAUCAGAGUGGGACUCCUAUGUGUGCAAGAGAACCCAGAUGACCGUCCAUUGAUGUCUCAGGUGCUUCUGAUGUUAGCUACGACAGAUGCUACCACAUUGCCAACUCCUAAACAGCCUGGCUUUGCAGCUAGAAGAAUUCUAAUGGAAACAGACACAUCAUCAAGCAAGCCAGACUGCAGCAUAUUCGACAGUGCAACAGUUACUAUACUUGAAGGUCGAUAGGAUGUUAAUGUGCUAAUUGAACUUACUAGGGGAAUGUGCAUUACAUAAUGUGCUUUCUUCAUCACCGUGUGUUUGAGCAACAGAAAUUUGCAUAAUUAUUGAAUAACUGCACCAACUAGGGUAUGGUUCCCUCAAUUCAGCAGUUAUCCUAAACUGUAGUGACAGAAACUACGGAAGUUAUUGUUAUUUGGUGAUAUUUCAAAGCACUAUAGCAUUAAUGUUCCAUA